AUGAACAAACAACGCAACUUUACACCCCAUACAUCAGACCCUAGGGCUAGACCGAGGAGUUUGUCCCAGCUGCCUCUUUAUCAGUCAAUGAAAUUUCCCCAUGGUAAAUCCAAUGCACAUUUUAGGUCUUGGAGCAACUCAGUGGUCAAACACCUGUGUUCUCUUAAGGCUAGAUACACUGUGAGAUCUUUCGGAAUCAGACGCAAUGAUCCGAUUGCUUGCUACGUUUCUGUAAGGGGAGAGAAGGCUAUGCAGCUUUUAGAGAGUGGUUUGAAGGUGAAGGAGUAUGAGCUUUUGAGGAGGAAUUUCAGUGACACGGGCUGCUUCGGAUUCGGUAUCCAGGAACACAUUGAUCUUGGCAUCAAGUACGAUCCUUCAACUGGUAUCUAUGGCAUGGACUUUUACGUUGUUCUAGAAUUAGUUGGUUACCGUGUUGGUCGUCGCCAUAGAUGCAAGUCACGUGUCGGUAUUCAGCACAGAGUUACUAAGGAGGAUUCCAUGAAGUGGUUCCAGGUCAAAUAUGAAGGUGUCAUCCUCAACAAGUCAGAACAUUGGAGCUUAGGUAUAGCAAUCACGAGCUCAGUCGAAUUGUUUCUGGAUACUUGAAUUUCGACUACUUUGUGUACUAGUUAUCCUUUCAACCCUUGAAGCUUUAGUUUCUCCUUUUUUAUUGGAACUCUUUUUGAGGGUAACCGUUUUGAAAUGUCAA